AUGAACAAAAUGCUUUGCCAACAAAAAAACAAAAAAAAUAUAAUUGAUUUGAAAAAAAAGUUGAACAACACCUUAGUUGUUAUUGGCCUAAUAAUAGAAAUGAUACUUUCAGAUGACAACAUUUUAGAGAUUGUGAGCAUUAACGAUAUUUAUAAAACGAUAUUUUAUGUAUUUAGAAGUAGAUAUAAUUGUAUAUUAAAUGAACUAGAAUUGUGCGAAGAGAAGAACGAGGGCCUAUUACAAAAGGGACACCUACUACAAAGCGAGGAAGAUAAAGAAGUCGAAAUGGUAAGGGGCUCUGAACUAGUAAGGGACGUCAAUACGGUAAAAAAUGUCCAAGUAAUUAAAGAUGCCCAUGGGGUAAAAAAUGCCCAAGUAAUUAGAAACGUCCAAAUGGUAAAGGAAAUUCGGUUAAAAUUUUCUCAAAUAUUUUAUAGUCCCCCCAAAAGGGGAUCAGAAUUAAUGCCUAUAUCUAACUUAAGAUGCAUUAAACAUGCAAUAGCAGGGUGUUUAUAUAUGCAUGGGAAAAUAACAAGUUCCAAAAUAUCGUUAAGGAAUGUCUUAAAUAACAUUGAUUAUAAUAUAUAUUUAUUAAAUAAGUGCGCAUAUACUACCAAAUGUGUAAUAUCAAAAGAGGAGAUUCAAAAAUUUACUGUUCAUAUAAAUCAUUAUGAACCUAUUAUUAAAGAAAAUAUUUAUCAUGAAAAAGAAGAAAGUCUAAAAAUGGAAAAACUUAGUUUAUAUAUAUUAUCUUUUAAAUUAUCAAAUAAUAUUUUCAAAUAUUCUCUACUGUAUGAAUUAAUGUUUAUUACAAGGUCCCCAUUUAUAAUAAAUAAAUUUCUUUUUUCAGUUUUUAAUGAUGUUAUAUGUAUUCCAAAUAUAAAAGAUAAAUAUAACGAUAUUGACAUUGUUAUCUCUUGCAUCCUAUUUGUCAAUCAUUUUUUUUAUCACAUUAAUAAACAUUGUAAAAUAGUCAGAUCUCCGUAUUUUAUGCUAGUCAAAAAGAUGUACCUUUCUCAAGUCGAAAAAAUUGUUAACAUAUUUAUUCUGCUAAAUCCAGUUAAUAAUCAUUUAUCUCAAAUGAAAAAUAUUAUUUCUCUUACCAAGAAAAUUUGUAAUUUGUACUCCUUUAUCUAUUAA